AAAUUAAGAACACAGGCUUUGCAACACGAUUUUUUUCCUCACAUAACAAGAUAAAUGAAUAAAUAAAUAAGCUAAUAGCUCCAUAAUUCAAAAGGCAAGAGGAAAAAAAAAAUGAUAACAUGCUGUUGGGGGAUCAUACUACGGAAAGUUACAGCCUCAGCCACUGGAACCAAUCUUUUCCAUUCUUCCGCCAUUUCCAGCGUCAUUUGGUUUUUCAUUUUCUUGCCCAUUUCUCUCUCUCUCUCUCUCUCUCUGUGUCUGUCUGAAUGCAUCAGUGCACCAUAACUCUGAAAUCCCCAAUUCCAUACCAUGCGCCCUCCUCCCAGUCUCACCCAAUUUUCCCCCACAACCCUAGGGUAACCCAAUCCCAAUCCUACCCCAUUUUGGCACCAAUCUGUACUCGCGCCCAUUCCGUCUUCAACAGCACCAGAAGGCUUGACAUCUCCGCGCCCAAACACACCCCGAACUCCAACUCCAACCCCAUUAAUGGCUCCGUACACGACUUGAAGUCCAAGAGCGCCGGUGUUAAAGACAUAGACGUCGCCACUCUUGGCAAUCUCUGCGUCGAUAUCGUCCUCAAUGUUCCCAAAUUGCCCCCGCCCGAUGUCCACGACCGCAAAGCUUACAUGGACCGCUUAUCUGCCUCGCCGCCCGAUAAGCAACACUGGGAAGCUGGUGGAAACUGCAAUAUGGCUAUAGCAGCUGCGAGACUGGGACUUCAUUGUAUCGCAAUUGGCCAUGUGGGUAACGAAGUAUAUGGGCAGUUCCUUGUAGAUGUUCUUCAUGACGAAGGAAUUGGUAUGGUUGGCAUGUGUGAAAAUACCAACGUUGACAGUUCAAGUGCUUCUUAUGAAACACUCUUAUGCUGGGUUCUAGUGGAUUCAUUGCAAAGACAUGGUUUUUGCAGUCGGGCUGAUUUCAGUAAGGAUCCUGCAUUCAGUUGGAUGAGCAAGUUAUCUGAACAAGUCAAGACAGCUAUAAAACAGUCAAAGAUUCUAUUCUGUAAUGGUUAUGGCUUUGAUGAACUCCCUCCUGGUGUAAUAGUCUCAGCUGUAGAGUAUGCCGUUGAAGUUGGAACAGCACUUUUUUUCGACCCUGGACCGCGCGGAAAGAGCCUUUCUGCUGGUACACCUGAAGAACGUGGAGCACUUAGCCAGUUGUUGAGGAUGAGUGACGUUCUUCUUCUAACUUCUGAUGAGGCUGAGUCAUUGACUGGCAUUGAAAACCCAAUAUCAGCAGGGCAGGAAUUGCUCAAGCAAGGGGUGCACACAAAAUGGGUGAUUGUCAAAAUGGGUCCAAGGGGAUCCAUUCUAAUAACUAGGUCAAGUAUCUCUUGCGCACCAGCAUUCAAGGUAAAUGUCAUAGACACUGUUGGAUGCGGAGAUAGUUUUGUAGCUGCUAUUGCAUAUGGUUUCAUCCACAAUAUGCCAGCGGUUAAUACACUAGCAAUUGCAAAUGCAGUGGGUGGUGCAACUGCCAUGGGUUGUGGUGCUGGUAGGAAUGUGGCAACCUUGGAGAAAGUAAUAGAACUUAUGAAGGCAUCAAAUCUCAAUGAGGAUGACGAUUUUUUGGAUGAAUUACUCGAUGAAAAUUUAGAGGUCCAGGCAAUUAAGUCUCUCUCAAAAUUGGUCAUAAACGGAAGUGAAAACCAGCCAAAUUGUGUAUCCUUGCAGAAGGUGGUGUCAGAAUUGCUUCCGAAGCUCAAAUUGACACAGUUACAGAAAAAAGUGCCAUGCUGACAUAUUAUAACAGCAGUAAGUUUUUAGCAAUGAAUUCUGUUCUGUUGGAGCUAUCUCAUUCUCUGGAUUUGUUUAGACCUUCGCAGUUCUACUAACACAAAACGAGGCCCGGGUUAAGUUAACUGUAAUUAUGCUGGCUUCAUUGCAAAUGGGAUCAGAAUGAAAUACUUUCCUGGGAAAACAUCAGUUCGAGCAGGCAUUAAAGCUUU